AUGCGAUCGCUAUUGCUAUCGCCUUUGAUUGCCUUGUCGUUGGCCGCUUCCGUCUUUGCUGCUCCUCCGGUCAAGAAUGAUGCGCCCGCCCUUCCGCCCGCCAACUUUGCCCGCGAUGCCGCCCUGAAUGCUGCAAGAGAUGCCCCCGACGCUCCAGCAUCGCCUGCAAAGGAUCCCGAAGUCAAGGGCGAAACGAAAAAGGCCCCUGUGACCGAUGGCGCCGAUGCUGGUCCUAAGGGAACUGUCUUCAAUGGUGUCGACGUCCCUCCGAUCACCGAGCUCAGCGGCACCACAUUCGAUAAGGACAUUGAAAAAGGAACGUGGCUGGUUGAGUUCUUCUCGCCCUACUGCCACCAUUGCAAGGCUUUUGCACCCACAUGGCAGACUUUACACGAAUUUUACUACACCUCGGACCCUCUCCCUGCCUCCAACAAGGAUUCGCCCGACUCUCUCAAUUCUUUCACCCGCUACUACGAUUUCAAGUUUGCCAAGCUCGACUGUGUCGCCUUUGGCUCAAAAUGUGGCGAUCACAACGUAAACUCCUACCCUUCCGUUGUUCAGUUCAAGGACGGUAAAGAGGUGGCCCGCAAGGUUGGUGCUUUGGACAUUAAAGAGGAGGCCAAGUGGAUCGAAAGUAUGCUUGAGACCAUCAAGCCCGGUUCAAGACAAAAGGACGGUCCCAAGCUUCCCAAGGUUGGAGCUUCGUCUUCGCCAGACUUCAAGGGUGCCGCUGUCGUUGGCCCUGCUAAGGAAGCAGAUGCCAUCGCUGAAGCCACCAAGUCUACUACUUCCGUUACCCCUACCAAAUCUCUGCUCAAGGCCACCAAGAUCGCAAAGGAGACUCCCAACCCCGCUGGGACUUCUGUCCCUCUGACUGCCGAAAGCUUCCAACAAAAGGUUACGACCACCCACGACCCCUGGUUCAUCAAGUUCUACGCACCUUGGUGCCAUCACUGUCAAGCCAUGGCUCCUAGCUGGCACGCCAUGGCACGCGACAUGAAGGGCAAAUUGAACGUCGGCGAGGUCAACUGCGAGGUUGAGCGUCGUUUGUGUAAGGACGUCAACGUCAAGGGCUACCCCACCUUGAUCUACUUUCAGGCUGGUGAGCGUAUCGAGUAUGAAGGUCUGCGCGGUCUUGGUGACCUCAUUAGCUACGCAAACAAGGCUGUCUCGGCCGGUGAUGGUGUUGUUGACGUUGACGCUGCUGCAUUCGAAGCUCUCGAGGAGAACGAAGAGGUUAUUUUCCUCUACUUCUACGAUCACGCGACCACUAGCGAGGACUUCCAAGCUCUGGAGCGAUUGUUGCUGAGCCUGAUCGGCCACGCCAAAUUGGUCAAGACCCAGGACCCAGCUCUUGCCGCUAGAUACAAGAUCUCCACCUGGCCUCGUUUGAUUGUGUCUAGGGAUGGCAAGCCGACUUACUACACACCUCUGUCUCCCAGAGAUAUGCGCGACUUCCGCAAGGUUUUGGGCUGGAUGCAAGCCAACUGGCUUCCUAUUGUGCCUGAGUUGACAUCUUCGAACGCCCGCGAUAUCAUGGACCACAGACUGGUCGUUCUGGCCAUUCUGAGCCGGGAGCGCAAGGAGGACUUCGUCAUCGCAAAACGCGAACUCAAGAGCGCCGCCCUUGAAUGGAUUGAUAAGGAGAUUCAGGCCUUCCAACUCGAGAGACAGGAGCUCCGUGAUGCAAAGCAACUGCGUAUCGAAGAGGCCGAGGACCGUAACGACCAGCGGGGGCUACGAGCAGCCAAGCAAAUUAGAAUUGACAUGAACGAGAUUGACCGAAAGGAGGUUGGUUUUGCUUGGGUUGAUGGUGUCUUCUGGGAACGUUGGCUGAAGACAACAUUCGGCAUCGAUGUAAAAGACGGAGAGAAGGUGGUUAUCAACGAUGAAGAUAACCAACGUUACUGGGAUCUCACAUCAACCGGCAACCCUAUUGUGCCUUCGCGUGUUUCCAUCCUCGAGACACUGCCCAAAGUGGUGGCAUCUCCACCAAAGAUCAGCCCCAAGCACAAGAACUCGUUCUUUGGGCAUUUGAUUUGGACAGUGCGUAGUGGCAUGUCGCAUCAUCCUCUCAUAACACUUGGGCUGGUAAUCGGACUGCUUGUUGGAGCCAGCAUCUGGGGCAGAGGGCUCAUCAGGAGAGGAAAAGCAUUUGGCAACACAGGGUCUUUCUUUACUGUAGGAGGUAACGAGAAGGACGGGCUACUGGGAGGUGCUGCCACAGGAGGCAAGGUGGACUGA